GGUAGUACCAGUGUAGGACAGCGUAAAAGGGCCGGUUCUCAGCUUCCACGGGCCUUUACAACACGCAUGCAUUAAGGCGAGCAGAGCUCCCAAUAUGCCAGCAAAAGCACUAUACCCAUAUUCAGUAGUAUAUAUAGUUCCGCGACAAUGGAACCUCCGCAAGAGAUAGGGCUUGCUGGUCUUCUAGCGCGACAAUUUGAACGCUUUGCAUCCUCGCUAGCUGUAAAGGACGAUGGGAGUCAAUUUACAUACGCACAAGUCCAUGCGAAAGCGCUCAAUCUUGCAUAUCAGAUCCAGUGUCAACAGAUAGGAGCUGAACGGCCCAUUGGUAUCCUCUCACCUCGAGGUAUAAACCAUAUUGUUUCACAAAUUGCUGUCAUAUAUGCUGGAGGAACAUGCGUCCCGUUAGAUGUGAACCAGCCUGAUCGGCACCUGGUCGAUCUCCUAAAGAACAUCAAUAUCACUCUUUUGUUGACGGAUCAGGGCAAUUCAGACCGGCUGAAAGGCUAUGAAUUUCAACAAAUAAUGGUGGAUCACAGGUUGUUACCUACUCAAGUAUGCGAGAAGGUCAAGGAGGGGGCAAUUGACCGGCCCCAGGUACAAUAUCGCUCCCAUAUAUUUCAUACGUCUGGCUCGACUGGUCGUCCAAAGCCGGUCCAGGUACUUGCCAGCGGAAUUAUCAAUUACUGUCUCAACGAAACGUUUGUUCCGAUCCAGCAAGGCCAGCGAUUCGGCCACUUGAGCAAUGUCACGUUUGAUGUGUCUAUUAUGGAGACUCUUGGAUCAUUUCUUCGCGGUGCCACAGUGGUAGUAUUAGACCGUGACACAGUACUUAAUCCCGCCCAGCUGGCAAAAUGUAUUCGAGACGAUAUGAUUGAUGUGCUUUGGCAAACGCCGGCGCUGUUGGCGGCAACGAUUAAUGCUUAUCCGCAAGCAUAUACGACAGUGGACACGCUUCUGACUGGGGGCGAGGUAGUGACUGCGCAGCUGGCCCGGAAAAUCCUGGAACAUGGCCCACCAAAGCGAUUGCUGAAUCUUUAUGGGCCGACAGAGUGUACCAUGUUCUCGACAUUCCACAGUAUCUCCAUUGAAGAUGUGGAGAGGGGUAGCAUCCCCAUUGGGCAGCCGAUGGAUGGAUACAAUGUCAUAGUAGUGGACGAAGGUCUUAGCGCCUUGCCCUGUGGAGAAGUAGGAGAAUUGUUAAUCGGUGGCAAAGGAGUCGCAGGGGGUUAUUUUGGUGAGUUGGAGAAGACCAGUAGUACAUUUAUUGAGCUACCGCACCUUUGGUCCGGUGGGCGGGUAUAUCGAACGGGGGACCUCGGUCGGUGGAGUCUUGCCGGCCUGCUCGAAUUCGUAGGUCGACGAGACAAUCAAGUCAAGAUCCGAGGUCAGCGUAUAGAGCUCGAAGCAAUCGAGUCCAUCCUGGUGGCAACAGGGUUGGUUACUGCGGCAGCAGCCGUGAAGAUCGCGGCUAGUAGUACUAGCCAGAGAGAUUCGCUCUUGCUGGCAUGCGUGGUACCAAUCUCUGACGAUGUGACUGCAUCGACUAUCACGCAGACAUAUGUCAAGCUUGCGACCCAUCUCAUGGUCCCACAUCUGGAAAUAGUAGAUCGUCUACCUUUGACAAAUACCCACAAGAUCGAUCGUGAGACGUUGGUUGAGCGAUACUCUCAGCAGAUAGUGCCGAAGAUGGCACUGAACUCGCAUGAGCGGUUAUCGCCAAUUCAAGAAAUUCUUCUAGAUGUCUUUGGCUUCCACAUCGGCGCAGAUGACAAUUUCUUUUUAAUGGGUGGCUCUUCAUUACACGCUGCCCGCCUGGUAACCCGCGUCAAGGAUGUCCUUGGCGUUCAACUUCGAAUUGCCAUGAUAUACGAGCGUCCAACUUUACGAGAGCUCAAUGAACUUAUUGGAUCACUGCGGAAAGGUGAAAGAUGGACUGAGAAUACUGCAGCUUCUUGGGGGCAGGACCUAGAUCUCGGGAAAGACUUACAACCUAUGCCUGGCACCAUACCAGACUGGACGAUCGAAAGUGAAGGUCGCGUUUUUCUUACCGGUGGAACUGGGUUUAUCGGUAUCUUCCUGCUGGAGGAGCUACUUCUUCGGCCUAAUGUUCAGCGAGUGGCAUGCUUAGUGCGUGCAACAGAUGAGCUGGAGGCCAUGAAGCGCAUCAUCGCGGCCUUCGAACGGUAUGCGCUUCGACCGCACCACAUAGAAAAGCUCUGGGCUAUCCCAGGAGACCUUUCCGAGCGACAUCUAGGCUUAUCUAACGAACGAUUUAUGUAUUUUGCGGAAUGGACAAGCGUAAUCUUUCAUCUGGGAGCUCGUGUGAAUUGGAUCGAGCCGUACGAGCCUCACCGACAGGCAAAUGUGCUAGGAUUAUUGAACAUGGUCCGUUUCGCGAACACAAAACGGCCUAAAGCUAUCCAUCACUUAUCAAGUACUUCUGUAUACGGCCCCGUAGGGUAUGUGUCCGGGGCCACUUACAUUGCAGAAGAUAAAACCCCUAAAGCCUAUCUUGAGGCUUUGAAAUAUGACACCGGAUAUUCACAAAGCAAAUCUGUUGCCGAGGUUAUUGCGUGGAAUGCUAUCGCGAACGGUCUAGCCGUGACCAUUCAUCGUCCAGGCUUUGUCCUCGGCCACAGCCAGACAGGGGUGGGGAAUUCCGAUGAUUUCUUCAGUCGCUUGAUUCCAAGCUGCGUGCGCCUGGGCCAAUAUCCUGAGCUCUCAGAGCACCGCGAUGCCUUUGUGUCGGUAGAUUUUGUCGUAAUGGCACUUCUACAAAUCGCGUCGUCCCAAGGUUCCGCUGGCCGUGCAUACAAUCUUAUUGAGCCCCAUGGAGACGCGAUGAUUCCUGUUUCCGAGAUCUUCCAGAGCGUAAACGAAGCUCUUCCACGAGGCUCCUUGACUGAAGUUCCAUACGGAGAGUGGGUAAAAAAUUGCCAACUACAGUCACAUACAGACGCCCAACACCUGUUGAGACCACUUCUGCCAAUGUUAGAGGAGACUGUGUUGGAUAACAAGACACGUUGGGAGCUACAGUCUAGAAUGCCAAUCCUUGGUACAGACAAUUCGUGGAAUGCGCUGAGAGAGAAUCCUGACCUCAUGUGUUUCCCUACGAUACGGUCUCUCUUGCCUAAAUAUGUUCGGCAAUGGCUUGUAAAUAUAUCCACGGACCUUACCUAGAACCGAAUAUAUCUGUCUUCCAAAAGUUUGGUUGGCGUGAUAUCAAAGGACGACUCGAGAGCUUGAUAGGUAAGGAGUUGUCGCUGUCUAAAGCAAGGGGGAAAAGAACCAAGCCCUCAUGAGCAGCCCAUAGUUGCGCUAAGGGCCAUGAAGAUGCCACAGAUCAAGGUCUAGACAAAUUAGCGAAUUCGAUAAAUUCUAUCAAAGGACGCGUCACUUGAUAUCUCAGAAUCUCACAUGCUCGAAUUCCUUUCUCAAACGUAAAUGCGGAUAAGCAUCCAGGGUUCAAAACACGUAGAACUUGACAGCAAAAACAAAUACCAGAGGGCGAAAAGCAUCUGGCCAUCGGUGGAUCAUGGAGCCAGAUUAAAGGAAUGUAAAUUGUUUGUCUGGAAGCUCUGAAGACAAUCAAGGGAGAGGAAACAAGGAUCUUAAGCUUAAAAGAGUAAUUGCCUGUUCGGGGAAAAUGGGACAGAUGCUGGGAAGGGGGGUGUGUUUUCGAAUCUCUACCACAACAAAAGAUUUGUCAGUUAGCGGGAAUAAAACAUCUCUAAAGAGACAAUCCAGGACAGGUAUUAAAGACCUCCUGUCGUACCAUCGCCUCACAAAUAAAGUGAAAGAGAU